UAACGGAGAAAUCAAAACUAUUCAAGUAACGUUNAANUAUAACUUGANCUUUAUUAAACANUCAACAAAAUGCGUUUGUUUUUGCCAUUGACUCUUGCCAUCAUCUUUGUUUUGGCAAUUAUUAACGCUCCUUCUGUGGAAUCAAGAGCGGUUGCCGAUCCUGAAGCUGAUGCAUGGGCUGAUGCACUUGCCGAUGCCGAUGCUGAAGCUGUGGGUAAAGCAAUGGCUGAAGCUUUGGCAGAUCCAUCUAUUUGGGGUACUUUAGGAAAAAUAGGACUGUCUUUAUUGGGAAAAGUGGCUCCGUCUCUCGUCGGAAAAUUAUUAAACAAAAAUAAACAAUAACAACGCACGACACAAAAACCAUAAACGACAGAAGAAAAGCAUAAAUGUGUGCAAACAAUAUUUGUAUGAAUUAUGAAUUAUAAAGUUACUUAAAACUGAAUAAAUAGUUGCAUCAAUAA